UUCCUCAAGAAGAGAGAAUUCCAUUAAACACGGGCUACUCAUCUCCAAGUCAAUCUCUCUUUCUCCUCCACCCUUUCCUUUUCCCACCCAACUCCCGACUCCCAACUCCAAACCAACAUCCUUUUAAUUCCUCCUCUGCUCAGUCCCACCCAUAUGCUUACCCCUCUGCAUCAGUCCCCGAGAGAAUAGCCUUCUCUUUUUGUUCUCUGAACUCGUCCAUCCAAUGGAAAACCUUCACCAUGGAUUCCAUGAGAACGAGCAGCAAUCUUCCCAUCCCACCUCCCCUUACUCCAACUCCAGCAGUAACAACGGCAGCAGCAGCAGCAGCAAUGGUGUGACAGCAGCUGCAGCAGCGGCCGCUUGUUCGCCCACACCUCUCACUCCCCAGUCCUUACCGAAAUCCGUCGACACCAAUUCUUUCCCCACCACCUUCAUCCAGGCUGACGCCUCUUCCUUCAAGCAAGUAGUCCAGAUGCUCACAGGCUCCGUGGCGAGGGCCGCCAAGCACGCCGGCGCCACCGCAGCGCCGCCAACCAAGAACUUGGUUUCGCCCGCCGCGAAGGCCACCGGCCCCAAGAAGCCAACUUUUAAGCUCCAUGAGCGCCGGGGCAGCCUCAAGAACCUGAAGAUGAUAAGCCCAAUGAUCCCAGGUUUCGUCAAGUCCGACCCGAGUUCUCCCAUGGGCGUGGCCUUCUUCUCCCGGAGGCAGCCGGAGAUCCUCUCGCCGAGCAUGCUGGACCUGCCGUCGUUGAACCUCAGCCCCGUCACGCCUUUGAUCCCCGAUCCGUUCAACCGGACGCCGCAACCCAGUCCGGCCGCCGCCACCGGAGCAACGAUGUCGGCCGAGGACCGGGCGAUUGCCGAGAGGGGGUUCUACUUCCACCCUUCGCCAAAGACCACGCCGAGGGGCUCGGAGCCGCCGAGGCUGCUGCCACUGUUCCCGGUCACGUCCCCGAGACCGUCAUCUGCUUCGGCUGCCGGCACUUCCAUUUAGAUUGGUGGUAUGAGAAGAACGGUUCAAACGUACAAUUUGAGCUUCUCACUCGAGAGCUUUUGAUUUCUAAUUCUCUCUGUCAUGCAAACCAAUUAAUCCAACAUGAGAUGAAUGAUCUCUGCAUGGUGCCUCUCUUUCUUCUCUAUGUAUCGUCUUCCUUAUCAAGAGCUUUCUCUUCCACCUUCUUGGACAUAUGAUAAUGUCUAGUCGUGGACUAGGAAAAAAAUUGAUCUCUUCAUGCGGUCAGUUCAUUGUUCGUUUUCUUGAGAAAGCUCUUUUACCAAAUUUUUUGAUAUAUGAUCAAAGAUGAUUUGCUUAAA